CAUGGACAUCCACAGAAAUGUCAUAAGAUUCUCGUACAACCUUAGGAAAAAGUUGUGAGAGAGAGAAAAAAAAGUCAAUCAAAAAGUUUUCCUUCGGCAAAAAUGAUAAAUCGCAAGAAAAUUGCAGCAAAAUAGCGUUUUUCCAAUGAGUAGUGAGUGUAGUGAGAAACCCAAUGGCAAUACGAUACCAACGCUGCUCUUCACCGACAAAAUGAGUGAUGAAGCACAGUGGGAUCUGGCGGACAUGGAGCUGGACCUGCGGAACAUUCGGUCCGUGAUUCAUGUGACACGGCAGAAUAUCGAUGCGCUGAAUGCAAAGUUCGCCAAUCUCCAGGAGCCACCGCCGAUGUACCUCAAGGAGUACCAAGAAUUGGCCUCCAAGUUGCACGAGCUGCGCGACAAGGAGCUCGAGAUAAUCGAGAAGUUGCAGCAGCAAAGUGACUACGCCACAAGCACAGUUGAGCCUACGGAACCACCUGAUCCUGAUACAGAGACUGAAAGUAAUUGUAGUACAUUGACAAAACAGCCAAAGUUUGUGCUCAGAGCCCACUUGCCCAAUCAACAGAGGACAUCCGUACAGGUGACUCCGGGAAUUCGCCUUCGGGAUGCCCUGUCGAAGGCGCUCAAACGUCGCAAUCUUACCUGCGACAUGUGCGAGGUGACUACACAGCUGGGUGGCUCCCAACCCAUACCCUGGGACACUGAUAUAAGCUGCAUUCAGGCCGAAGAAGUUUAUGUGAAAGUGCUGGAUAAGUUUCCCGUAAUGUCUCAAAUAUCCCAUCAAUUUAUGCGCAAAACUUUCUUCUCCCUGGCAUUUUGUGAAUGCUGCCGACGUCUCCUCUUCACCGGUUUCUACUGCAAUCAAUGCAACUUUCGGUUUCAUCAGCGCUGCGCCGACAAAGUGCCACGACUCUGCAACAAAAUUGACGUGGAGAGCUACUAUCAAUUUCUGCUGGAGCAGAACCCCGACAAUUGCGCUGGGAUCCUCAAGACGGGUGGCUUUGUGCCCUACCAAUCGCGGCAUGUGCAUCCGCGCUCCCUCAAUCAGCAGGAUCGCUCCAAUUCGGCCCCAAAUGUCUGCAUUAAUAGCGUUAAAACCCUCUCGGAACACCAACGGAUGCUGGCACAGCAGGCACGUGGGGCCCUGCAGAAUCAGGGACAGGAGCAUUCGCAAUCAACGCAGGCAUCGCCCACGAAUACGCUGAAGCAUAUGAAGAGACCCCGUGCCAGGUCAGCGGAUGAAAGCAAUAAAAAUCUCCUCUCACCCAGGGAUCCAAAGCCAACUGAAGAGAAUUGGAAUAUUCAAGCUGUUGAGAUUCUAAUUGGUCGUCGAAUUGGAUCUGGGUCAUUUGGGACUGUGUACAAGGCCCACUGGCAUGGGCCAGUGGCUGUGAAGACGCUAAAUGUGAAGACCCCAAGCCCGGCGCAAUUGCAGGCGUUCAAGAAUGAGGUGGCGAUGCUCAAGAAGACCCGCCAUUGCAACAUUCUUCUCUUUAUGGGUUGCGUGAGUGAACCAUCGCUGGCCAUUGUGACACAAUGGUGCGAGGGUAGUAGCCUGUACAAGCACAUCCAUGUCAAUGAGACGAAAUUCAAGCUGAACACACUGAUAGACAUUGGCCGGCAAGUGGCACAGGGAAUGGAUUAUUUGCACGCAAAGAAUAUCAUUCAUCGUGAUCUCAAGUCAAAUAAUAUUUUCCUUCAUGAGGAUCUCUCGGUGAAGAUUGGGGAUUUUGGCCUGGCAACAGCCAAGAUGCGUUGGUCGGGUGAGAAGCAGGCAAAUCAGCCGACCGGGAGUAUCCUGUGGAUGGCCCCUGAGGUCAUUCGCAUUGAGGAUUCCAAUCCCUACUCGUUCCAGAGUGAUGUCUAUGCUUUUGGGAUUGUCAUGUAUGAGCUACUGGGGGAACAGCUGCCCUAUUCGCACAUCAACAACAAAGAUCAGAUUUUGUACAUGGUGGGCAGGGGGCUACUCAGGCCGGAUAUGAGCAAAGUACGCUCAGACUGUCCGCAGGCGUUGAAGCGUCUCGCGGAGGACUGCAUAAAGUUCGACAGGGAUGAGAGGCCACUCUUUCGGCUGAUCCUCAACAUGCUGGAGAAUAUGCUGAGAACAUUGCCAAAGAUUCAUCGUAGUGCCAGUGAGCCCAAUAUGACACAGACACAGCUCCAGAGCGAUGAUUUCCUCUACAUGUGCUCCAGCCCAAAGACGCCGGUAAACUUUAGUAAUUUUCAGUUUUACAAUGGUGCCGCCAAUAUAUAGCAAUUUUUCAUUAUCAUCAUUCUCUUCUUUUUCAUUUACUAAUUUUCUUUUCAAAUCUAUUUUAUUUUUUUAAGUUAGUUUAUUUUUUGUCUGGACGAUAUUCGUCCAAAUAUUUUUUUUUUUCAUUUUCUUUUAAGUUUUUUUUUUAUUUUUCUAUUAUAGCAUAAUAGGCCUAAUUUUUAUUUAUUAUCUCUUUCCUUCUUUUCUUAAUAAAUCCUUUAGUAAUUUGGCUAAAGAUUUUCUUUUAAAAAAAAUGUUAAUUUCAAUAAAAAAAAUAAUAAUAAUAAAUCUCUAAAAAUUAUACAGUUAUGAUGAAUAUAAAAUGCAAGAUUAAUGUUAGUCCAUACAUUAGUGACUACAACAUACAACAACAACUUACAAUGAUGAUGAAAGUGUGAAGAAAUAAAUGGAUUAAAAGGGUAUAGGAACAUGGUAUAAAAAAAAGUGUAAAUAACGAAGAAUAAUGAAAAGUAAGAAAAAUAAUUAAAAAUGGAAUGUUUGAGCUAGUCAGAAAACCUCAUUUUUCCCCUCCUUUACAGUAAAAUUUAAAAAAAAUAAAGAAAGUAAAAAAGAAUGAAAAGGUAACUAAAAUAAAAAAAUUAAAUAAAUAAUUAAUUAUAUAAAAAAGUGACAUUGAAUCAGCAAUUAAAACAUUCCUCUUUACCAAAAUUCUGUGUAAAUAUAUAGCACUUGAGAAAAAAAUUAAAAAAAAAACGGUCUUUGGAAAGGCGAGGUGAGGAGACAUCAAAUCACGUAUGGAGAAGUGAUUAGGUAUAUUAAAUAAGAUGCAAAUAAGAAAUUCUUCUAUGUUCUUUCACUAUCCUCUUGGAGAAAAAAAUAAAUAAAUAAAAAAUAAAACAAGUAUAAAUUGUAAAAAGAGAUGUAUUUAAAUAAAAUUGUAAAAUUA